AUUUUUCGUGAAAUAUAGCUUCUUACGGGGAAAUAAAACAUGAAUGCCCUCUCAGGUUAGGUCAGAAUAUUUGGGAUUGCUAUGGAAAAUGUUUCAGACCGAAUACUCGCGCUAUCAUAUUUUACGGAGACUUGAAGGUCUUGAAUGCCUUUUUCUUCGUAUUGAAAGUGAACUUCGAAUUAAUUGUCUUUUAAACACAGUAAAUUGUUCUGUCUGUCAGCCGCUAACCACGUAAAAAUACACAACGUACCUCUGAAAAUUUAAAUACGGUGGGCCAAAAUUUUACAUGUCAAUGUUAUUUCAAAAUAACGACUCAAAGCGGUCAACUGCCUCUAAAGCUUUGAAUUCCGAGCAUCGGAUGAGCGCCUGAAAGCACCGUUUCAAUCAACGCUCCCAAAGUUUUCGAUUUUGUUGCUAUAAUACUUAACAUAAACUUUGGCUAACAGAGCCGCAUUUUAAAGUGUUCACUGUGAUGGCAGUAAAUAAUAUUUCAAACAGACUUUCACACCAAACACCCACUCACGUUGCGUUUCAGGACGCUGAUGAUGCUCUUUCGACCAGCUAGCAUCAGCUACGCCUACGGGCAAGCUGCUGUUAGCAUUUAGCUAGCUUCGUUUUUUUGUUUUUCUUUUGCACAAACGCGAGACAGAGCUGUGUGUCUGGGAACCACGGACAACAAUGUCUUGGUACACAAAAGCGACGUUGCCUCUUAUUUAAAAGGCUCAACAUAGAGAUAAUAAAGUUUUGGGUAACCAUGGAUCCGACCUGCAGUAAUUCUUCACCUCCAGCUGCUGGUCUGACAGUCCAGGUGUGUUUCCCUGGUGCUCGAGCGGCUGUUUUGGACAAUCUGAAUCGUCAACGGGAAGAAGGCAGGCUGUGUGAUCUCUCCAUACAGGUGCAGGGUCAUGUGUUCAGGGCCCAUCGCUGUGUCCUUGCUGCAUCAUCUCCUUACUUUCAUGACCAGGUGUUACUGAAGAACGUUACCACUGUGUCCCUCCCCUCUGUAAUGGACCCUGUGGCUUUUGAGAGCGUGCUGAGUUCUGCAUACACAGGCCAGCUGAGCAUCGUGCAAGAUGACAUCGUCAACUAUGUCACCGUGGCCAGCUUCCUCCAGAUGUGGCACAUUGUGGACAAAUGUACCGAAAUCCUGAAGAGACCCCGGCUCUCGGCAGAAGUCACUUCAGGAGAGGCGACCUCAGCUCCCCCUGGGACCGCAUCCCGCCAGCAGUCUCCGAGCAGCACAGACUGCCUAUAUCUGGAGAGGGAGGGAAGGAAGAAGGAGAGAAAGCCUGAUGCUUUGCCUCCUUUGGCUACAUGGAGACGCCCGCAGCAGUUUCCCAGACUUGGUCGCCCUCGGCCCUCAUCAGCCCAGAACUUAGCAGACUCUCAACUGGACGCCCUCCCUUGCUAUGUGGAGAAUGAUUACACCAGCUGUGAUGAAGCAUGGGUCUCAAGCCAAGCCAAAACUGGUCACUACACCCAUGAAGGACCUAGUCACAAUAGCCGGCACCACGGGGUGUUCCCAAGUGGUGAAGCAUUAAAGCAGAAAGUCAGGUUGCAUCAGCGGGGAGCGCCGCAGAGCGCAGAUAGGCCGCUUGAUAAGAAUAGAGAGAUCGGGGACAGUGAUGAGGCACAAGAGAGGAGGAAGAACGAGAAACGAGAGAUUGAGGCUGAUGAGGGAGUGGGAGAGGAGGCGGUGGAGAAGAAAGAAGGCUUUGCACAAAUGGGACACUGUGACUUCCAUCCAGUGUCAAAUGAGAACAAGGUUUCUGGACAAGGAACAGGGAGGGCAACUGUGGAGGAGAUGAAAGAAAAAGUCCAGAGUGAACCCUCCUCAGACAUGUCCAGUGCUCAGGCUAGUGAACCAUGUGAAGGAGCUCCAGGACCCUCGUGUUCUGCUUCAGCCCAGACUGAAUGGCAGACAGGUUCCUGGUCACAGCAAGAACCGAGGCCGCAGGAUGGACAAGCAGGCAGCUGCUGUAAAGACGAGGACGAAGACGAGGAGGAGGAUAUGGACUUCGAUUGUUUCACAGGUGAGACUUUUAACAAAGACACAUAUGAAGAGAUCGAAGAGGGAACAGGAAAGAUAUCCCAGAGGCCGUUGGUGCCUGUAUCUCCUGACUUUGGGACAGCUGGCUCUGAGGUGAACUGGCCCUCCACCAGUGUGGGACAGAGUGGCUCAUUAACACCAACCUCAAAUCGGCAACCAUCUCCAUCCUCUGCUGCUUUCCCUCCUCCUUCAUCUUCUCCUCCAACUCCAUCGUCAUCGUCCUCGGUGUCCCUUGCUGGCGCCUCCUACACAGGCAAAGUCCAUUUCUGCCACUGCGGUAAAGCCUACACCCUUAAAAGCAUGCGCGACCGACACGUGAAGAUGCAGCACCUCAAUCUGCGCCCCUUUGGCUGCCCUGUUUGCACUAAGUCCUUCAAGAUGAAGCAUCACCUAACUAAGCACCUUAAAACUCACGGAGGGCUGCGGCCCUACGAGUGCGGCCUGUGUGGGAAGAAAGUCAUUUGGAGAGACAGCUUCCUCAGGCAUCAAGCUCGAUGUGAGAGACUUGCCUCCAGCUCUUCAGCUAACAGUAACAACACAAGCACCACAGCCACAGAAAUGGACGAAAGCUACUCUUAUGGAUUUGAAGACGGGGAGGCUUUUCUUGCAUCGGGAGGACAGGUGAAAGUGGAGGAGGUGGACUUCCACGGGGAGAUGGAGGAUGGGAUAGGUGGCCUGUUAGGCAGCGUGUCUGGGAUUGUGGAUGAGCUACGAACUGAGUCAGCGAGCCAUGUAUUUAAAGAGGAAGCAAGUGAAGGCUUUGGAAGAAAUUAAUGUGAAAUAGGUUUACAGCACUUAAACUGUAUAAUAAUCUAAUAAAUGAAUUGUGAAAGUUAUGAAAAAUUUCUGAAGGCUUUUUGGAGCAGCUGCUUUUGUUUUUUCCUUUUUUGUAAAUUAUCUUAAAGUAUGGAUAAUUUGGGGGAAAAGACAAUUAUUAUUUCAAAAGAUCCUUUUUAAGUUGUACAGUUCCAUGUUUUGUGAUGCUGUAAACUAUCUGUAACAGGCAGUGCUGUGAAUGUACUUCUCGAGCCCUCAUAAAGUUAAUUUGAAUCUUGUAAAUAAGUUUAAUGCCAUUGUUACAUAUGGAAAAAAAGAGGGUUUUUAAUUUUUCUUGCAAUAUUGAUAUCUCUUUGCACUAUGUAUAGAUAAGAAACCUUGAUGGAAAUAAACCACUUCACUGGAA